AUGAACACAACAAUUCCUUCUGAAUAUUAUGAUGAAAAUUAUAUUCCUGGAACAACAAAUAUUUUAACAGGCCAACAAACAGAAUUAACUUCAAUAUCAUCAAAUAAAUCUUUAAAAAGAGAUAAAAAAGGGUUUGUUUUAAUACCUCAACCAACUGAUUCACCAAAUGAUCCUUUAAAUUGGUCAAAUCCCAAGAAAAUUUUACAGUUUUCAUUAUUAAUUUUUUAUACUGCAUUAACUGCUGCUACUUCAAAUGAUGCUGGAGCUGCACAAGAUUCUUUAAAUGAAAUUUAUGGAAUAUCAUAUGAUGCAAUGAAUACUGGAGCUGGUGUUUUAUUUGCAGCAAUUGGAAUAAAUUGUUGGUUAUUAGCUCCAUCAGUUGAUUUAUAUGGUAGAAAAAUUUCAUAUUUAAUAUGUUUAGCAGCUUCAGUUGGAGGUUGUAUAUGGUUUAGUGUUAGUAGAAAAACUUCUGAUACUAUAUGGUCACAAUUAUUUGUUGGAGCAGGAGAAUCUGCAGCAGAAGCAAUGGUUCAAGUAUCAAUUUGUGAUUUAUUUUUUCAAAAUAAUUUAGGUUCAGUUUUAACUUUAUAUAUUGCUGCUACAAGUAUUGGUACUUAUUUAGGACCUUUGAUUGCUGGUUUCAUUGCUCAAUAUCAAACAUUCAGAUGGGUUGGUGGUUGGGGUGCAAUUAUUACUUUUGUUACUUUGGUUGUUUUUAUAUUUGGAUUAGAAGAAUCAAGUUUUAAUAGACAAGCUCAUUUCAAAGUAUUUGAAAGUAGUUCAAUUAAUGAAAGUCAAGAAAAUAUUUAUAAUGAUGAAAAGACUAAUAAAAUAGAUGAUUCUAAAUUAGCUUCAGAUGAAGAAAAGGGGGAAUUUACAAAUCCAACUAUUGUAAAAUCAAAUUUAGAAAAUUAUGUAUCAAAUGUUAUAGCAGAAGAAGAUAAACCUAAAUCAUAUUGGAGAAGAAUUUCACCAAUUACUCCAGCUCAUAAUAUAGAAGGUUUUGGUUUCAAACAAUAUGGUCAAAGAUUAUUAUUUAAUUUAAAAAUAUUUCAAUAUCCUAUUGUAUUAUUUUCUGGUUUAUUAUGGGCUUUACAAGAUGCUUUUUUAUCAUUUUAUUUAACUAGUGAGGAUACUACAUAUUAUGAUCCACCAUAUAAUAAAUCAAAUACUGGGGUUGCGCUAAUGAAUAUACCAUGUUUAAUUGGAGCAAUUCUUGGUUGUAUUUUCGCAGGUUAUAUAUCUGAUUUGCAUGUUGAUUGGCUAGCUAAAAGAAAUGGAGGAGUAAUGGAAGCUGAAUUUAGAUUGUACUUGCUAUUUGUGACUUUGUUUAUUUCACCACUCGGUCUUUUGCUUUUCGGUAUUGGGACUGAUCGUGAUUGGCCCUGGCCCGUCAUGUACGUUGGAUUGGGUCUCGUUGGAUUCGGGUUCGGUUCUGUUGGGGAUUGCCUGUCAACCUAUAGUAUAACAUCGUACCCUGACCUAGUCCUUCAAUCUAUGGUUGCAAUAUCGUUGAUAAAUAACUUGAUCGCUUGCUUGUUCACAUUUUGUUGUAGCAUAUGGUUAGAUGCAUCUGGAACAACAAAUACUUACAUUGCUCUAGCUGUUAUAGAUUUUGUUACUAUCGGAUUAAUUAUUCCCUUUAUAUACUAUGGAAAAGAUCUUAGAAAACAUUCCAAAAAGAGUUACAUAGAGAUGGUUGAAAAACUUAAUGAAUGGAAAUAA